UCAGAGAGGAGUCGACCGUCCUCCUUAUCAUCCAUUGCUAUUAUUAUUAUUGUUAUCAUUUUAAGAGCACCGUGCCCACCGAGCCUCCUCCAGUCCGUCGCCUCUGAACAUCAUGACCUGCAGCCCGUCCGCGCGCCUCUCGCUCCUCGGUGUGAUGCUGCUUUGGCCGUACGUUCUCACGAGGAGCGUCUCAUCCACCCUGCAGGCUGCAGACAGUAGCUCUCUAGCAGGACCGGCGGGAGAGCGCCCUCAUCUGGUGAAGAGGGACACACAGAUGUGCGACAGCACGUUGGACAGCUACUGCAUGAACUCGGGCCAGUGCAUGCUGCUGGUGGACAUCAACGAAUACCACUGCAAGUGUGAGAGGGGCUUCUAUGGCUCCCGGUGUAGCCAAAUGGAACUGGUGGCUCAGCCGAUGGGAGAAAAGCAGAUCAUUGUCACCAUUUUCUGUGUGGUUCUCAUGAUUGUGGGUCUGGCCGGACUUCUGUACUUCUGCUGCAAAUGGUAUGGGAAAAACAAAUUCCAGAAGCAGCAAGGUUACAAAGGAGUCCAGAUAGCUUAGACCCCCUCCCCCCCCCCCCCGCUGCUCUCCCACACACUCACCCAAACCUUUCCUAAAAGAGAAACACACACACAGCACCGGCCACCGAGCUUUACACACGACACUCAGCUGCACAGAUGAAAAGAAAUACUCAAAGAGAAAGAGCUUUGUGUGCUGUUGUUGUUCGGCGAGAUGAAUGGUGACACACACAAAGGCAGUUUCUGUGGGGAACAAAGAUGACAGGUCAUGGAAAAUUCAUGGAACAAUGUAAAAGCUGAAAGCAAUGUUAGGGUUAAGCGGGUGUUGAACACGCAUGGCAGUCACCCAUGCUUUCAGACACUGUAGAACAAGAGGUACACCUGCUCGUGUGCUUUUUAAACUUCUAAGGCAACAAGCCACAACUCGGCCAACUGUAACAAUCUUUAUCAAUGCUAUUUACCCAAAACUAAGCCCCACCCCCUCU